CACCUGAAGUACUAUAUAAUAAGAAAUACAGUAAAGCAUCUGAUGUAUAUUCUUUUGGCAUAAUUGCAUAUGAAAUAGUAUCAGGUAUUCCUGCAUAUAAUAACAUUACUCACGAUAUCAAAUUGCAACGUAAUGUUUAUAAUGGUUCACGUCCAAGCAUUCCAGAACAUGUACCAAAAUUAGUUGCUGAAUUGAUUAUUAAAUGCUGGGAUGAUCAGCCAAAUAAGAGACCAACUUCUAAAGAAAUAUAUGAUAUUAUUAGCAUAUGGAAUAAUGACAUGUCAGAUGAUUCAUCUGAAAUUGCUGCACAAAUAAGAAAAGCCGAUGAAAUUCUUGGCCUCAAUAUGUCAACAUUAUCUCACUUCAAUAUAUAUGCCGAAGAAAUUUAUGACAACAGGCGAUUCAAACCUCUAAAUGCUAUAAAUUUAG